AGCCCCCAGACUGGAGCAUGGGGUGCAGGAUGGCUCAGUACAGUGGUCAAGGGUCGACCUGUGUCUCCUCCUAUGUGUUGUGAGAAAGACUCACGGAAGGUGGCAUCAUGGUGGGAGUGGUGGCAUGUGGGUCUGUGAGCUCCAUCAAAGCUCUGUGGGAAACCAGGAUCCGAAGGGUCAAGGAGGACCAGGAGGAGGAGAAGAAGAGGAGGACUUCACCUGGAUCAGCAGCAGGAAGAGUGAGCGUUGGCGCCUGGGAGAACCGGGCCAUUCUGGCACGACUGAAGGAGAAACUGAAGACAGAGGAUGGACGGCUCAUCCUCUGCAUCGAGCAAGAGGAGUGGAAGACGCUGCCUGGCUGCCUUGUGCAAUUUAGUCAGGUCCAAGAGUGGCAGAUUCACAGAACCGGACUGCAGAAGAUCCCCAGCUUCAUCUCCAGCUUCCAGAGCCUUUUAGUUUUGGAUCUCUCUCGAAAUGGAGUCAGUGAGAUCCCCAAACAAAUUGGGAAGCUGACUCGACUCAAGGAGCUACUGCUGAGCUACAACAGGCUUCAGGUUGUUCCUGAAGAGCUGGGCCACUGUGAGAGUUUGGAGAGGCUGGAGUUGGCCAUGAACCGGGACCUCAGCGAGCUCCCUGACCAGUUUAAGAACCUGCACAAGCUCCAGCACCUGGAUCUCUCCAUGAAUGACUUCACCUCCAUGCCUGGAUGUGUCGUCGACCUUCCUGCUCUCGAGUGGCUCGACAUGGGAGGAAACCGACUUCAGCACUUACCUGACGACAUCCACAGGAUGGAGAAGCUUCACACGCUGUGGCUGCAGAGGAACCAACUGGAGAAGCUUCCAGAUAACAUCAGCAGGAUGGCCAGUUUGGACACGCUGGUGCUCAGCAGUAACAGACUGAGGGACAUCCCACCGCUGAUGGAGGGCAUGUGCAAUCUGAGGUUUGUGAAUUUCCGAGACAACCCUCUGACAUUGGAAGUGACGCUACCAGUUGGCAAGACCAAAGCUGAGGAUGCUGAGGAAGAAGAGGAAGACGACCGAGAGAUGUUUGGCCGAGAGUUCAUGCAGAUGUACAUCCAGGAGGCCAGGAAGAGAGCGUACGCCAUUCUCAACGUGCACUGUUCCAAUUAGUCCAGCGAUUAAAGAAAAGUUCAUCCCACUCAGAUUUUAUUGAUCUGCUGGAUGGAUUUGACGUUUGCUUUCCAGGAAGCAGCCAGGACCUUCUGUUGGCCAGAUUUGUCUCCUACACAUCUCAUGGACAAGCUCUUCCAUCUCUACUGAGCUACACUGGAAGGUGUCUGUCAACUUGAUGUUGUGACUCCCUGAGGGAAACACAGUACCAAAGCAAAGCACACCAUUAACCUCUACUCCAAAACUCUCAUGGUGAACUACUGCUGACCUAAUCCCUGGGAAGUAAACUUGCCCAAUGUAUUGCUUCUGAAAAGCAACAGACUUUUGUGUUUUCAAUUAUCUAUCUUUAUAAUGACAAAAAACAUGAUCCAUCCGCUUGUCGUCAUGAUAACACGAUACGCCUCACCCCUAUUUUUAACAGAAUCCCUGCAGCUGCUCAGCACUUAGUCUCAGACAGUAGACAAAAGGUUUUUACAGUUUAACAGUUACUGUU